AUGCCGACGUCCGACUCCGCCUCGGCCAUCAUCGGCGGUAGCGUGACCGGGAGCCACCUCCUCCACAUCGAGGGCUACUCGCGCGCCAAGGAGCUGCUGCUCCCCGACGAGACCGCGGACUCCGAAUCUUUCAACGUCGGGGGCCGGACGUGUCGCCUUCGGUACCUCCCGAGCCCGUGCCCCCUGGGAGUCAGGUACCCCGGCCACAUAGGCGUCGGGCUCCUCCUCGUCGACACCAUCCCUUACCCCGCGUGCGCGCGAGCAAGGUUCGUUCUGCUCGACCAGGCCGGGAACGAGGUGCCGGCCUGCACCCAGAGCGUAGGCUGGCGUGACUACUCGCUCCCCGACGCCCCGGCUGUUGGCGUCGUCUUCGAGAAGGCGGCCGUGGAGGCGUCGCCGAAUCUCGUCGUGAACGACUGCUUCAAGCUCAGGUGCGACGUCACGGUGAUGAAUCCGUUCCGCUGGGAGAAGAGGGGAUCUUGGACGUUCAUGGUGCCACCGUCCAACCUGCAUCACCAUCCCGGCGACCUCCUCGUGGCCAAGGAGGGCGCCGACGUCACGUUCCAAGUCGCCGGCGAGACGUUCGGCGCGCACAAGUGUAUUCUGGCGGCUCGGUCGCCGGUCUUCAAGGCGCAGCUCUUCGGCGCCAUGAGAGAGAGCAUCGGCACAGGGGUUUGCAUACAGAUCGAUGAUAUUGUACCCCGGGCAUUCAAUGCCUUGCUGCAUUUCAUAUACACUGAUGCAUUGCCGGAGAUGACUGGCCAAGAAGAAGAGGUUCUCAUCAUGGCUCAACAUUUGUUGGAAGCGGCAGACAGGUAUGCCAUACAGAGGCUCAAGCAGAUUUGUGAGGAAAAACUGUGCCGGUGCUUAGACAUGAACACAGUUGCAAACACGUUGGUGUUGGCUGACCAACAUUGCUGUGACAGGCUUAAGGUGGCUUGCAUUCAGUUCCUUAAAUCUACUGAAUCCUUGGAAGCGGUCAUGGCAACCAGUGGCUUUGAGCAUCUGAUCCAAAGCUUCCCUGCUCUUUUGAGGGAGUUAAUCUCCGAGCUCGCUGCCCGCUGA